CUUCACGAAGAGGCCAUGUCGCCCCAUGACCAAGGCCUAAUGACUGAAAAAAUAAACUAAGUCUGGAAGAGGUACAUGCCACUUCAAGGAGAAGCAUGUGCCGCCUCACGAGAAGGGGCAUGGACGCAAGAAAAGAUACUAAGUAUGAGAGGACCAUGUUGUGUCACGAGAAGGGCCACAGACAUGACUGAGAAGUCCAUGGCCGCGAAUGAGGAGGCCAUGUCGCCUCAUGAUCCAAAAUAUACUAAGUCUGAGAAGGUCAUGCCGCCUCACGAGAAGGGUCAUGUGCAUGAUUAAGAGGUCCAUGGCCGUGUCAUGUGAUGGCCAUGGACGCGAAGCAAGAAGCAUUAGAAAUGAUUGAAAAUACUAAGUAUGGAAAGGACUUGCUGCUUCAUGAGGGAGGCCAUGUCCAUGAUUGAGAGGUCCAUGGGUGCAAACAAGAGGCCAUGCCAUAUGAUAAUUCUGAGGGGCCAUGCCGCCUCACGAGAGGAGCCAUGGACACGAAGGAGAAUGACAUGGGGAUGAAAUAUUAUAUCACUAGAGACUAAGUCCCAAGAGGGCCAUGGACAUGAGUAAAGAAGUCCAUGACCGUGAUAUAUGAGGCAAGCUACAAGAUCCUACGACGGUUUCAAGAGAGGUACCUAGGCAGUUGAGAAGUAACGGCUACUCAUCCCACGUUCAAAGGACACGUCAGCCAUGUUCCGAGGAAGCAGGGAGCAGUUCUUUUUGGAAGUUACUCUAUGACAGUUUCUACGACGGUUAUCAUCUCAAGGCCUAUAAAUAGGAGGAGGAGUCGACAGAGGAGAGGCCCGCAAAAAAAUUACCACUCGACACCACUUGUCAAGUUUUUCAAUCUUGUCUUUCCUCUGCAAAUUUUUAUUAAUAGUCGUAGAUUUGGAGCUCUCUCAGAACCUCCAUAGGAGUAGGAGUAACUUAAUGUAGAUCUGUCUCGAGAGUCGUGUAAACAUCGAACACCCUCGUUCGAAUUGUGUUUGAAGAGGCGUGAACCGUGUUUAGUGAUCGUUGUCCAAAGAAGUCAAAGGUGCAAUCAAUUUAUUUUCAACGCAAGUUUCUCACAGGGAAACAAAUUUGGCACACCUGGUGGGACAAUUGUGUUUGAUUUGAUGGCUCCACGACUGAGAGAACAAGAAGGUGAUCUUUCACCUGGAUUCGUGAUGGAUCUUGUCGCCAAUUUUGAACUUGGCCAAGAAGGAAAAGGAUUGGUCGGAAACAAUGGCAAGGUAGAGGCUUUGCCACCGCCGGCACCUUCUGUCAAAGUAACCACCACUGCCAUGUCACACCAUUUGAUAGUGGAGGAGACACAGAAGAUGAUGGUGGAGAACCGCCUGGCCAUGGAGAAAAACCUCCAGGCCAUGGAGGAGAACCGCCAAUUCAUGGAGGAAAGUUGGGAUGAACUUGUUAGAUGUUCACAUCAGACAAACAAAGGACCCACUUGCAAUUGCAUGUCAGAUUUUCAUGGUGUGCAAAUUUUCAUCCCUUGAAAGUGGUCUUGCAUCAAUGUCAUCCACUUUUUCAAUUGCACAUGGCUGCCACCUCAACUUGCAAUUCCCUCCAUUUGCACCAUUGGAGAUGCUCUUAGAAGUUGUGUAUUGUCAGGUUGUUCUUUUUGAGGGGUUUGCAGCUGUUUCAUAGGAGUUGCAUAAUAGCUGUUUCCUUUGGUUUCAUGUUUAAAUCCUUUGAACUUUUUAUUUAAUAAAUAAAAUGAGAUCAGCAAUUCAGCAUUAUCAACAACAACAAAAAAUACCAACUCCCAAGCGAAUUUGGAAUCUUGACCAACAUAUGUAUACAUAAAUGUGCAAGUAGUUCCCUGAAAAUGCAAAGAUGAGCAAAUGGGGCACUUCUUAUAUCGUAUAAAAUAAACCAAUCAAUACUAAUAAAAGUAAAUAAUAAAAAGAUAAAUUAGCAAGUAGUUCCCUAGAAACCAAAGAUUGGCUAAUAACCCACUUUCUAUGUUUUCGUAUAUAAACCAAUAAGUGACGGUGAAAGCCGAAAGGUACAUCUAGGAAGACAAAGUGAAUAGAUUCCACAGCAUUAUUCCAAAAGAGUUGUGGAUGGCAUUUGCAUCGUACUAAUUAUUAUUUAUUUCAACUAUGGAGGAUAUUUACCUCCAACCUGGUAUGGAGGCUCUCCCUGCAACCCGUCCACAUGUGCUCAAUUUAUUGGCUGAAAUAAUUAUUUUAUUUUUCUUUCCUAAUACCAUUAACGCUAACGGAAAAAGGGGAGACGGAAGAAUAAUUUGAAUUUCCUCUCUUGCAAACUUUUCAUAUCUCUUACUCACAUCUUGGCUCACAUUAAAUAAAUUAAAUUGUUCAUUAUACUAUUAUUUAUUUAUUUUUAAAAUAAAUAAUUUUAUAUAUUUACGACUAUUAACAUACUAUUAAACGUAAUAUUAAUUU